CUUCCUUGUCCAUGUUGUGCAAUGCUGAUGUUCUCCAUUUGAAAGAGGAAAGAAAACUAGAAUGCAUUCUGGUAGGAAAUGAUUGUUUUUAAUCUCUUACACUUGAGGCUGCCGCUGAUUUUUCAAGCACUGUGCAAAUGGUUCUUGGAACAAUGGUAUCCUUGUCAGUGCAUGCCCUUAUACCUGUCAGCGUUUUGCUAUGGGUUGUGACCCCGUCUGUCUCAGACAAAUGUGAUGGCCACACGGGUUUCCCUGGUCUGCCUGGAAUCCCAGGAACUCCUGGUGCUAAUGGAAAUAAUGGACCAAAGGGGGAAAAAGGAGACCCUGGUGAAGACACACACCCGGUAAAGGGAGCCAAGGGUGAAAUGGGCUUUCCCGGACGCCCCGGCAGACCGGGCCUCAUGGGGGAUGUAGGGGGAUUUGGUUUACCAGGUCCAAAGGGUCCAAAGGGCUCAAGGGGGCCUUUUAAGAUGGUCUCAGAAGUUAAUCCUGUUUUUUUCUCUAAUAAAAGAAGACAACAAUCCAGAACAUCUGUACACCAAAAUAGAAUCGUUGAUUUUGAAGACUCGGUGUCUCCUGAGAAGGCUGGUAUUGGUCUGAGCAAUGGUGUUUUCACAGCCACACAGUCAGGUGUUUAUUACUUUGUGUACCAUGUGUCUGCGAAGCAGACUGCUUGCCUGUGUAUGAAGCAGCAGGACAAAGUGGUGUUGAAUUUAUGUGAUUUUUCUGAAGGAGUACUGCUGACCUCUGGGUCUGUGGUCCUGGAGCUGAGGCAAGAGGACACUGUGGCUGUGUAUGUGUGCACGAAAAUGAGUCAGAUCCUCUCUACAGAUACUGAUAGCAUAUUCACCGGCUUCCUGCUAUUUUAAUUAAUCUCUCUUAUGACAAUUCAGUGAUGCUUUCUGGGUUCUCUUUGCUUUUUUUCCCAGUACUUUCCAGUAUCUCAUAAAAAACUUUUUUCAUUGAACAAAUGGAAUAUAAGUGUUGCAAAUAAAUCUGUGUAAUCAUU